UUCUGUCAAUGUCAGACGACAAACAAAAAUUAUUGUUUUUUGUAAUUUGUUUUAAUAAAACAAAGUCGUAUAUUAUAACUAAGUUUAAGAAUAAGAAGAUAUUAAACAAAACGUGUUUGUUGUUAAAUUAUAAGAAAUACUAGUUUACAAUAAGUUCAUACAAGUACUCUUUAAACCGCUUGUUUACGAGGUUAUAUUGGUUAUCAAUAUGGAUGAAAGUGAACCGCAACUACUGAAGCAAGGUGCCGAAGCCAGGGUUUACAUUUGCAAGUAUCUUGGAAAACAAACUAUAAUAAAAGAAAGAUUCCAGAAAAAAUAUCGGCAUCCUGAUUUGGAUAUCGAAAUAGUCAAAGAGCGAAUUAGAAACGAAGCACGUUCCAUACUCCGCUGCAAGUAUGCUAAUAUUAGGACACCAGCACUAUACCUUGUUGAUUUUGAGAGACGGAAAAUAUACAUGGAGUAUUUAGCAACCAAUAUCACAGUUAAAGAUUUUGUAAUAAAGCAUGGAUCAGCUAAUGAACAUUUUGAUACAAUAGCAAAAAUGAUUGGUCAAACAUUGAGAAAGCUUCACGAUUAUAAUAUUGUUCACGGAGAUUUGACGUCAUCAAACAUGUUGAUUAUUCCUAAAGUUCAAAACGACGGGGAUUGGUUUGAUCCUGCUUGGCUUGCAAAAGGGCAGGUUGAGUUGGUUAUGAUUGACUUUGGUCUGUCGUACAUUGAUGCUAGUGUUGAGGACAAAGGUGUCGACCUGUAUGUCCUUGAAAGAGCUUUAUUAAGUACACACAGUAAUUAUGAGAAUUUGUUUGAGACUAUCCUUGAAGCUUACAAGACUGCUAACCCUAAAGGUGGAGUGGAGGAAACUAUCAGUAAGUUUGAAGAGGUUCGAGCCAGAGGCAGGAAGAGAACUAUGAUUGGUUAGGUUUUACAAAUAAAAUGUGUUGUGUUUCUACUUUUA